ACGGCGCCAGGUCACGAGUGCGUGAACCGCUAAUGCCAGUUGGCGACGCUCGCCGACAGCAGACCCGGUCGCUUGCUUGCACCACUUUACUCACACAGGCAAGAUGAAAGCCACUGUCUUCGUUCUCGGGCUUCUGUUCGCUGUGCAUGGGACUCUUUCGUCGCGAAUCCUCUUCAUACAAACUUCGCCGUCAAUAAGUCACGCCUUCCCAAUAAAUAAGAUAAUAGAGUCUCUGCUGCGCAGGGGCCACCACGUCACCCACAUAUCUGCUGAUCUUCUCGAGACAAAUCAUGCAAACUACUCGACCGUCAGCACGCGCGAGUCUUACAAGUUCGUUGAGGACUUCAACAUAUCCACGAUGGCGGACACGUGGCCGAUGCUGCUGGCCGAAGCUUAUCACGAGGAGGGCAUCACCAUGUGUCAUCUCCAGUUCAACCUCCCGCAGAUGAAGGAGUGGCUCAAGAAGGAUGAGAAGUUCGACUUGGUGGUGACAGAGCGGCUGCCGUUCCAGUGCUACUACGGGCUGGUGCACAGAGCAGGCCGUCCACCACUAGUGGGGAUCGUUACGCUGCCUGCCAUGAUGCCCAGCCACUACACCAUCGGCAACCCCACCAACCCCGCCUACCUGCCGGACGUGUUUGUCGGGCUGCCUGACUGCAUGACAUUCUGGCAGCGCCUCUACAAUACGUACCACUACCUGCGCUUCAUGCACUACUGGUUCUACACUGUCCUGCCAGAGCACGAGGCCGUCAUGCGGCAGUACUUCGGGCCCGAGCCGUCAUCUGUUUUUGAAACAGAACGCAAUUUCAGCCUGCUUAUCGUCACAGCCCACUUUAGCAGCCACUACCCCAGGCCAAACCUGCCCAACGUCAUCGAGCUCACGGGACUGCACGUCGAGACUGACACUAAGCCACUACCGCAGGAUCUACAAGAGUUUCUGGAUGGUGCGAAGCAUGGUGCUAUCUACUUCAGCCUGGGUACCAAUGUCAGGAGCAGCACAUUGCCUCCGCACACAGUGCAGGCCUUCCUGGAGGCCUUCCGUGAGCUGCCACAGCGCAUUGUUUGGAAAUGGGAGAAUGGAAGCCUUCCCUGGAAACCAGAUAAUGUGCUUGUAGGAAAAUGGUUUCCCCAGCAGGACAUUUUAGCACACCCAAAUGUGAAGCUGUACAUAAUGCAAGGUGGACUGCAGAGCAUAAACGAGGCUGCAUACCGAGCCAUCCCACUCAUCGCCAUCCCCUUCUUCUCAGACCAGACACACAACGCUGAGAAGAUAGACUUUUCUGGUAUAGGCCUCCGGCUCUGCCUCAAGGACAUCACCAAAGAAUCUGUGUUGCGGUCUGUCCAAACUGUACUGGGCAACCCUAAGUACCAUGAGAACAUGAAGCAGUACUCCAUUCUAUUCCGUGAACAUCGACAACAUUCUGUGGAAACAGCUGUCUGGUGGCUAGAGUACGUUAUACGGCACAAUGGAGCUCCACACCUUCGCAGUGCCGCUGUUGACUUGUACUGGUGGCAACUGCUACUGUUUGAUGUAAUUGGCUUUUUGUUGCUUGUUGUAGGAUUUGCAGUAGCAGUUGUUUAUUUUGGAACACGAAAAUUGAUCAAGGCAUUGACAAGUAAAAAACAUGUAAAAACAAAGAAACAAUAAUUUGUUUCCAGUUAUGAUGUGACCUUCACUGGAAGCAUUGCAUUUCCAUGCACAUUGGUGUUGAGCUACGUCUGUGUGGAUUAUUUAAGGCUGAGCUUCAUGCUGAAUGGUUUCACAAAUGACAUUUUGUGAGUGAAAACAAAUCCAUGUGACAGAACAUUGUAUUCUGUCUACAAAUAUGUGCACUGAUAAGUUAUAGAUUCAUCUAUUAAAAAUAACGUUCUCAUUCAUCAAAUAGAUUUUUCAGAUGAUCUCUAGCACAUUUUUAUUUUUUCCAUCAAUAAUCAGUAAUACUCUUCACAUCUCCAAUGUUUCAUAUGUGUGUUGUCAUAAUCUGCUUGUGGUAAAUCUGACCCCGUUGUAGGUAAAACUGUUUAAUAUGCAUAACCUCCAUUAUUUAAAUUUGCUGCUUGUUAUGCAGUGUCUUUGUUACUCAUUUGUAUAGUUCAUAACGGAGACAGUCAGGACAUAUAUAUACAUCGUUCAACAUUUGUAUUGUCAUCUUUGGCAUAUUUGUUGUUCCUGUGAUACUGUAAUAGUUUCCAUUUUGACUUGGGAUGUAGCUAGACAAUGUUCUGUAUACCUCUUGUUGUAGGUGAAAAUGAAAUCCAUUGACCACUGCAGUGCACUUCUGACAACAAAUGAAAAGUUAUUGAGCUAACAUAGGAGGGACCAGGUGUGACUUAAGUUUGAUGUGGGACUGGGGCCAAUAAAGAUAUGUUUUUCCAACAUAA